AUGCGUGUUCAGUUGUACAAUAAUCAAUCUGAAGAUCGGUUCUCGAAGCAAUUGUUAGAGAUCGGAAAUGGAAAAGUUCAAAUCGAUAAUACAAAUGGCUUGAUUAUAUUACCGAAGAAUUUUUGUACAAUUCUCCAAUUAAAGGAAAAAUUGAUUGAACGCGUGUUUCCAAAUAUUGCUCAAAAUUACCUGGAUGACGAUUGGUUGAGAGAACGUGCAAUACGGGCACCAAAAAAUGUACAUGUCAUUUCAAUCAAUUAUCAAAUUUUAGAAAAAUUGCCAGGUGAAGUGACAAUAUAUAAAUCUCUUGAUAGUGCAAUGAAUCUAGAUGACGCAGUGAAUUAUCCAGUUGAAUUUUUGAAUUCAUUGGAACCGCCUGGUAUGCCACCACAUUGUUUGAAUUUAAAGGUCGGCUCAUCAAUUAUUUUACUAUGGAAUAUAAAUGCUCCAAAACUGUGUAAUGGCACAAGACUGGCAGUAAAACAAUUGAUGGCGAAUUUAGUUGAAGCAACAAUACUGACUGGCAAAGCAAAAGGUGAAAUUGUGCUCAUACCGCGUAUUCCACUGAUAACAACAGACAUGACGUUUGGAUUCAAGCGUUUGCAAUUCCCAGUGCGUAUAGCACUUGCCAUGUCCGUCAACAAGGCGCAAGGACAAACUCUUCAA